AUGGUGUUCACGUCACCACGAGGCGCCGUCUUGUUACCGGAGAUAGCGGUCGUGAGUGCCGAAAACUCGCGUCAGCUUGAAAAACGCUUUACGUUUCUUUGGAAUACGGCACAUCGGUUGCUCUCUACGAAUGGCGUGCUCGCGAAUCAUAUGAUCGCGUCCAUGAUGCAAUUAGCAAGAGUCAAUCGUGCGCAGCUGCCACAAACAGUAUUGGACUUUAUCUGUGACAGAUGCGGUGGAUUACUAGUGCCCAGUGUAUCGGCAGACGUACGUGUGGUGUCCCAGUCCCGCAAAUCUUUAGCCAAUCGUCGACUAGCUCGGCAACAACGACGUGCUCAGCUACAAAGUGACAUAAGCGGGACACGUCUUAGCCGUGAGACGCUGUCUACUAUUGUGAGAGUGACAUGCCAUCGAUGUCAAUAUAGUAUUGACCGACCGGGUACAUCAGUGGUCCACAAGGCCAAGACAAAGAAACGAGAGAGAGAAGAGCAGCAGACGGUGACUGUGGCUUCUGAUACGAAGAAAAGGAAAAUGUUCACUGAAGAAGCCGGUGAAAAUGACAAAUUAGAAGUUGCAAGAAGCUCGGCUGCUUUUAGUGAGCUGAAAAUGGCGCCUACAGGUUUAUUUACACCAGUAUUAUCAAGUUCACCGAGGAAACUGUUGGAUGGACCGAAGAAACGAAAGAAAAAGAAGAAUACACAACCGGAUGCAGCUAUAAUCGCUGUCAAGAACAAUUUGAGUUCGUUUUUGCAAGGACUCAAUUCACGCAAGUGA